AACACCAUCUCUUCUCUAUAAACUCCACACCUUUCAAAGCACUUCGUUUGACAAGUGAUCUAUUGUACAUCUAUUUGCUGCGAUGCCUCUCUGUACGCUUCAUCUCAUCUCUUUAUACCAGGAUACUAAGUACCCCAUCCCUGGGUUCCUUGAGGCACUCUCACGAUCUGAUAUCACUCCACUUGUGGUAUCUCGAGUGAUUCGCUGGAUUAUCCUUCCAACCAAGCUCUCCACGGAUGCAUUACUUGCGCAAAACACACGAUGGGAUCUGCUAUUGAUUUUGUCCAGCACUUCGCCCCUCCCCCAGAGUGUCCUGAAGUUGGUGCAAAAUCAGUGGAGUGUAACUGCUGGUAUUCCAAAACGACUAUUGCAAGAUUUUGAGUCGAAGAAUCGACAAUUUUUACAUCCACCUCAUGGAAGCAUUCCAAAAUUAAGUGGCGCCUUGGAGCAGCCCCUCACAGCGGAGAGUGCACAAGGCCUGGAACUGUCUGCCGAGUUACGAUCUUGGAUCCAACGUUUUUCAACAAGUGGACCUGAAGGCAAGGGUGCUGUUUCCAUGUUGAAUCUUCUUUCGUUCAAGGAUGGUAUGAAACCAUCAUAUCUGGAGUACGGGAAAGCAUUUGCAGAGUCCAUUGGAUCCAAGCGCGGAGGAAACGCAAAGAUUGUCGGAACUGUGAUCAAUAUCAACGGCAAGGAAAAGAAAGAAGGUGAUGGAGAUUGGGAUGAGAUUGCAUUGGCUCAUUAUCCGAGUAUAUCACAUUUCGCAGACAUGUUGGCCAGUGAAGAUUACCAGAAGGUAAAUCAUCAGCAUCGAAUUCCCGCUCUGAGAGAUACAUUCAUCCUAUGUACGAGCGAGAUUGGAAUUGAAGAUUUGCUUGGCAAACAUGUCAAAGAUUCCAGCAGACUUUGAAUGCUUGCUCUAUGCUCUAUGUUCUGGCUACUACGUUAGCAAGGAAUGCAGUCAAGAUGGUUACUGCUUCAUUGAAACGUAGCAGCGGUGGCACUUUCCUUAGAUCAUCUCCGCACAUGUCGAUGCAUUGCUCCUUCUCGAAGAGUAUCAGU